AUGUUGGGCCACUGAAGAGAUGCGAAUCCUCACACGCAAGAAGAAUCUUACCAGUAGAACAUUUUGAAACGCCAAAUGGUUGCUGAUCAAACCAAGGACUAAUUGUGGAAUAUUACUGACAAAGAGGUAUAGCAGUCUCAAGGGUGAAGAGUUAUGGCGUCGGACUUGCCGUGCUGCGGGACGAUGUUUUGGGUUUAUGUGGUGGUUAUAAUCGGGUUGGUUUGCUUCGCUGGCUUGAUGGCUGGCUUAACUCUGGGUUUAAUGUCUUUAGGCCUCGUCGACCUUGAAGUUCUCAUCAAGUCCGGUCUUCCUCAGGAUAGUAGCCAUGCUGCCAAAAUAUUUCCUGUGGUGAAGAAUCAGCAUCUUCUGCUAUGUACUCUUUUGAUUGGAAACUCUGUUGCCAUGGAAGCUCUUCCCAUAUUCUUGGACAAGCUUGUGCCUCCAUGGGCUGCAAUUUUGAUAUCUGUGACUCUGAUUCUCAUGUUUGGAGAGAUAAUACCACAAGCAGCUUGCACUCGUUAUGGCUUGACUGUUGGAGCAACAAUGGCACCCAUGGUCCGUUUACUUGUUUGGCUGUUCUUCCCUGUAUCUUAUCCAAUUAGUAAGGUUUUGGAUUGGAUGUUGGGUAAAGGGCAUGCAGUCCUUUUACGGAGGGCAGAACUAAAAACUUUUGUGAAUUUUCAUGGCAAUGAGGCUGGGAAAGGUGGGGAUCUAACUCAUGAUGAGACUACUAUCAUUGCUGGAGCGCUUGAAUUGACUGAGAAGACUGCAAAAGAUGCCAUGACUCCCAUAUCGAAGGCAUUUUCUCUUGAUCUGGAUGCAACUCUUAAUUUGGAUACACUGAAUGCAGUAAUGGCCAUGGGUCACAGUAGAGUGCCAGUUUACUUUGGAAGUCCAACAAAUAUUAUAGGCCUUAUUCUGGUUAAAAAUCUCUUAACAGUAGAUCACAGAGAUGGAGUUUCUCUGAGAACAAUGAUCAUCAGAAAAAUACCUAGGGUCUCAGAAGAUAUGCCUCUGUAUGAUAUCCUAAAUGAAUUUCAGAAGGGUCAUAGCCACAUUGCUGUUGUGUAUAAGGAUUUAAAUGAGAAAAAAGAGGGCGAACAGUUUAAAGACAGUUGUAACAAGCCAAGAGGACAAACCGAAAACUCAAUGAAAAAAGUCAAAUUCUCAGUUGACAAUAAGGGUAGUGCUUCUACUGAAAACUCGGGGAAUAAAUUGGAAUCAAUGCAUAAAAGUCCACCAGCAACUCCUGCCUUUAAGAAGCGACAUAGAGGUUGUUCUUUUUGUAUUCUGGACAUUGUGAAUGCACCUAUUCCAGAGUUCCCAUCCAAUGAGGAGGUUGUUGGUGUUAUUACCAUGGAAGAUGUCAUUGAAGAACUUCUUAAGGAGGAGAUACUGGAUGAAACUGAUGAGUAUGUCAAUAUCCACAACAGGAUAAAAGUCAAUAUGCAUGCAUCUCAAGAAAAGGCUCCUAAUUCAGAUACUUCACAAGCAUCUCUCAAUGGCUCCUCUGCCAUAUGUAACUCCAAUCCAAAAUCGUCAACACACACCGUCACUCAGAACUCCCCAGCCUCUCCAUCCUUGGCGGUCCCUGGUCCCACUCCACCUCUCUCAAUCUCCGGCAAUACUUCAGUCACAGGUUCACCUACCCCGGCACAUUAUCUUUCAGGAGAGUCAUUAAAGGAACAGUAGAAUUUGGGGAUGCUUAGUCUUGAUAUGAUAAGAAAGAUACAAUACUCUAUAAUGUAGUUACUUGGGCCUCAAUAUAGCUUCAAAACUAGGUGAAAGGCAGCAAAAGGAGAUGGUUUUUCUUAGAUAGAAAGGGGUGCUUUUGUAGUCAGUGAUGAUGAAAAUGAAAAUGUUGUAUGAAAAUAAAAUUUCCACGGCAUUGGCUGUAGAUUGAUGUUCAACUGUUGUAUGAAAUGAAAAUUUCAGUUCAUUUGUUGCAGAAGAA